AGCGCCCUAAGUGUUGCAAGCAAGCGCAGGGUCGGGCGGGCACCUAGGAGAGCCUCUAGGGCAGCGUACUGGAGCAAGAAAGGAGAGAAGGAGGGAGGUGGCGGGCCUGCGACGAGGAGAGGCGUGGAGCGGACACUUGAGGAGGAGGAGCCGGGCUCCGCGGCCGGAGAGAGACCUGAGAGGCGCCCGCGCUACGGAGGGACCCCAGCGCACCGAGCAUGAGCGGGCGGCCGGCCGGAGAGCGAGCCGGGGAGACUGCCCGUAGGCUGCGCUGAGCCGCAGAGUCGGGCCGGGCGGCGAGUGGGUUGCCGGUGCUAGAGCGGCCGGCCAGGCGAAGAGCCAUGGGGAGCCCCCGCGCCGCGUUGCUGAUGCUGCUCCUGCGCCCGAUCAAGCUGGUGAGGAGGCGCUUCCGGCUGCUGCUGCUGCUCGCCGUGGUAUCGGUGGGACUCUGGACUCUGUAUCUGGAGCUGGUGGCGUCGGCCCAGGCCGGCAGGAACCCCCUGAACCACAGGUAUGGCAGCUGGAGAGAGCUGGCCAAGGCCCUGGCCAGCAGGAACAUCCCAGCUGUCGAUCCGAAUCUCCAAUUCUAUCGUCCCCAGAGGCUGAGCCUCAAGGAUCAAGAUAUUGCCCGAAGCAGGAGUAAGAAUAGUAGCUACUUGAGGUGGAACAAGCCUGUCCCCUGGCUCUCAGAGUUCCGGGGCCAUGCCAACCUGCAUGUGUUCGAAGACUGGUGUGGCAGCUCCAUCCAGCAGCUCAGGAGGAACCUGCACUUCCCCCUCUACCCCCACAUCCGCACAACCCUGAGGAAGCUGGCUGUGUCCCCCAAGUGGACCAACUAUGGUCUCCGCAUAUUUGGCUACCUGCACCCUUUUACCGACGGGAAAAUCCAGUUUGCCAUCGCUGCUGAUGACAAUGCCGAGUUCUGGUUGAGUCGCGAUGACCAGGUCUCAGGCCUUCAGCUUCUGGCCAGUGUGGGCAAGACAGGAAAGGAAUGGACAGCUCCUGGAGAAUUUGGGAAAUUUCAGAGUCAAAUUUCCAAGCCAGUGAGCUUGUCAGCCUCACGCAGGUACUACUUUGAGGUGCUACACAAGCAGAACGACGAGGGUACCGACCACGUGGAGGUGGCGUGGAGACGGAAUGAUCCUGGGACCAAGUUCACCAUCAUCGACUCUCCCUUCUUAUCCCUCUUUACAAAUGAGACUAUCCUAAGGAUGGAUGAGGUGGGCCACAUCCCACAGACAGCAGCCAGCCACGUGGGCUCCUUUAACACUCCCCCCAGGGAUGAGCAGCCCCCAGCGGACAUGCUGCGGCCUGACCCUCGCGACACCCUCUAUCAAGUGCCUCUGAUCCCCAAGUCCCAUCUGCGUCACGUCCUGCCUGAUUGUCCCUACAAACCCAGCUACCUGGUGGACGGGCUCCCGCUACAGCGCUACCAGGGCCUCCGCUUUGUUCACCUGUCCUUUGUUUAUCCCAAUGACUAUACUCGCCUGAGCCACAUGGAGACCCAUAAUAAAUGCUUCUACCAAGAAAGUGCCUAUGAUCAGGACAGGUCCAGCUUCCAGGAGUAUAUCAAGAUGGACAAGCCAGAGAAGCAGGGCCUGGAGCAGCCAGGUUUGGAGGACGGCCUUCUAGAAGAGUCCCAAUAUGAAGAAGCACCAGAGGGCAUCCCUGCCUCCCUAGACCAGAAGACCAGCACACAGGGGAGAAAACAAAAGACGACUUCCGCCCCAGGGCUGGGUGUCACUGACUACCACUUGCGGAAGCUCUUGGCUCAUUCACAGAGCAGCCAUGGACCGUUGGUACCUCUUUCCAAACUGAACUCUUCCGCUCCCUUCCCAAAUGAUGUCCCAGCCCAGCAGCCAGAGAAAAAGAUAGGGAGAGCUAGCCCUGUGCCCAGCCAAAGUUGGUCUCCUUCUGACAAGGGGUUCCCGAGGAACCUGCCUCUCACCCAGAAAGCACGGCCCACUGCUGACCAUCCUGUAAAGACUCCUGAGCAGUCUCAGUGGUUGGAUCAAGUAGAGUCCUACAUCGCCCAACAGAGAAGGGGUGACAGGCUGGAGCCUCAGGCCCCCAGCAGGAGCUGGCACGGGGAGGAGGAGGAAAUAGUGGUCGCAGAAGGCCAGGAAGGAGAAAUGGAGGAAGAGGAUGAGGGGGAGGAAGACGAGGAAGAAGAUGUGAGUGAAACAUUCGAAUACGUGCCCGUGUUUGACCCGGUGGUGAACUGGGGCCAGACCUUCAGUGCGCAGAACCUCGACUUCCAAGCCCUGAGGACUGACUGGAUUGACCUGAGCUGUAACACAUCUGGCAACCUGCUGCUUCCGGAGCAGGAGGCCCUGGAGGUCACGAGGGUCUUCCUGAGAAAGCUCAACCAGAGGACCCGGGGGAGGUACCAGCUGCAGCGCAUCGUGAACGUGGAAAAGCGCCAGGACCGCCUGCGUGGAGGCCGCUACCUUUUAGAGCUCGAACUGCUGGAGGGCCAGCGCCUGGUGCGGCUCUCUGAGUAUGUGUCCACUCGAGGCUGGCGGGGAGGUGACCCCGCUGGCAGGGAGGACACAGAAGCCCGGAACCUGCAGGGCCUGGUCUGGAGUCCACGCAGCCGUCGCAGACAUGUCCUGAAUGCCCAGGACCCAGAGCCCAAGUUAUGUUGGCCCCAAGGCUUCUCCUGGAACCAUCGUGCUGUGGUUCACUUCAUUGUGCCUGUGAAGAACCAGGCUCGCUGGGUGCAACAGUUCAUCAGAGACAUGGAGAGUUUGUCCCAAGUCACAGGCGACUCACAUCUCAACAUCAUCAUCACAGACUACAGCAGUGAGGACAUGGAUGUUGAGAUGGCUCUGAAGAGGUCCAGGUUGCGGAGCUACCAGUACCUGAAGCUGAGUGGGAACUUUGAACGCUCCGCUGGACUACAGGCUGGCAUAGACCUGGUGAAGGAUCCACACAGCAUCGUCUUCCUCUGUGACCUGCACAUCCACUUUCCAACCGGAAUCAUCGAUGCCAUCCGGAAGCACUGUGUGGAGGGCAAAAUGGCCUUCGCUCCGAUGGUGAUGCGGCUGCAGUGUGGGGCCACCCCACAGUGGCCUGAGGGCUACUGGGAGGUAAACGGAUUCGGGCUGCUCGGCAUCUACAAGUCAGACCUGGACAAGAUCGGGGGAAUGAACACCAAGGAGUUCCGGGACCGCUGGGGAGGGGAAGACUGGGAGCUGCUGGACAGGAUCCUCCAAGCGGGCCUGGAAGUGGAGCGGAUCUCCCUCAGGAACUUCUUCCAUCACUUCCAUUCCAAGCGAGGCAUGUGGAACCGCCGCCAGAUGAAGACGCCAUGACCCCAGGGACAGCUGCUUAUGACUCCUUGACUUGCCAUUGACCCCAGCACCCUGCUCGCUGCUGGAGGAGGGCAUGCGAGGAACUGAAGCCUCGACUCUAAUUGCCCUUUCCACCAGGAGCUGCCCCUUCACGCGGGGACGAGUGCCAAGGCUCUUCUGCCGCUCGCUGAGUUGACAGGUGGAAGGGCUGCAGAGGGUGGGCAGUGAGGUCAAGAGGAAACCACCACCCUGUCCACAGCGGUGCAUUCCCACAGCCCAGGGCUCCUCACGGGGAGAGUUGACUAUGAACUAGAAACUUAAAUGGGACAGAGUUUUAUUUGGGGUGGAGGUGGGUGGGGGAGAGAUGGGGAAUUUUUAAACAGAGACUGAAGACUGUCUAGACCCAGCACUGACUGGGGUGAAACUGGGCAUUGCAGAUGUCAGACCCUCCCUGUGAUGCUGGUCCCGUGCAAAUACUUCCAGCUCCAGUCUGUGCCUUCUAAACACACACAUCUCUUCUGGUGGCUACUGAACAGCUGGCCACCAACUUGGGGCAUUAACCCAACUCCCG